UUUACUAGAGCGGCGCAGAAAAGUGUCUCAAAGAGGCUUUUCAUCGCGCUGGAUGUGAAAAUCAAGCCGACUAAAGCCAAAAAAGAGGACGAGAGAGAGAGAAAGAAAAAGAAGAGAGAGAGAGAGACAGAGAGAGAGAAAGAGAGAAGACCUGGCGUUUAAUCGUUGUGGAUUGUAUCAGCGAGUUCUUCCCUCUCUUGUUGGUUUAUUUUGUUUUGUUUUGUUUGUUUGUUUGUUUGUUUGUUGUUUUGUUCCUCUGGAGGGAGAGUGUGAAUGAAUGUUUCUCUCGGGUGAGGAGCUCGUGAAAGCCGCGUGAAUGUACAGCAUGAUGAUGGAGACGGACCUGCACUCGCCGGGCGCGCAGACGACCGGGAGCGCGGCGGGGUCGCACGCGGGGCCGGUGGCGAUAGGAGGAGGAGGAGGUGGAGGAGGAGGAGGGGGGGGCAAAGCCGCGGGGCAGGAGCGCGUGAAGCGGCCCAUGAACGCCUUUAUGGUGUGGUCGCGCGGGCAGCGGCGCAAGAUGGCCCAGGAGAACCCCAAGAUGCACAACUCGGAGAUCAGCAAGCGUCUGGGCGCCGAGUGGAAGGUGAUGUCCGAGGCCGAGAAGCGGCCCUUCAUCGACGAGGCCAAGCGGCUGCGCGCCAUGCACAUGAAGGAGCACCCGGACUACAAGUACCGGCCCCGCCGGAAGACCAAGACGCUGCUGAAGAAGGACAAGUACUCGCUGGCCGGCGGCCUGCUCGGGGCGCCGGGGAUGAGCCAGAGGGGGCUGGAGAGCCCCGGCGGCCUCGGUGUGGGCGGCGGCAGCGCGAGCGUUGGCGCUGCGGCGGGCUACGCGCACGUGAACGGCUGGACGAACGGCGCGUACGCGGCGGCGGCAGCGAUGAUGCAGGAGGCGCAGCUGGCCUACGGAGGACAGCACGCGGGAGCGGGGGGAGCAGGAGGAGGAAGCGCGCACCCGCACCACAUGCACCCGCACCACCACCCGCACCACCAUCCGCACCACAGCGCGCAGCCCGUGCACCGCUACGACAUGAGCGCGCUGCAGUACAGCCCCAUCUCGAACUCUCCGGGCUACGUCAGCGCCUCGGCGGCCUCGCCGUACGGCGGCCUCGCGUACGCGCAGCACCACCACCACCACCACCAGAGCGCCGCCUCGCUGGUCAAGGCCGAGCCCAGCGCCAGCCCGCCGCUCGCCGCGCACUCGCGCGCGCCCUGCCCCGGAGACCUGCGGGACAUGAUCAGCAUGUACUUACCGGCGGCGGCGGCGGCUGGAGGCGCGGAGGCUGCCGAGCAGACGGUCCAGAGCAGACUGCACGCGCUGCCGCAGCACUACCAGAGCGCCGCGGCCGGCAUCAACGGAACUGUUCCUUUAACACACAUUUAAAAACUGAACGAAACGUUAAAAAAGAGUGAAUGAAUGAAUGAAGAAAAAGAGAAA